UUCCUUUUUCUUUUGGCGAUAGGUGAUAUGCAAGGAAGAACAGAAAGAAAUAGACCUCCCCUGAAAACUGUAAAGAAAGAUUCCACGAAGUCAGAUAAAUUAAAAUACAAACCACUUACUGGGAAAGUGUUCUACCUUGAUGUUCCAUCUAAUGUCCUCUCUGAAAACAUAGCAAAAGAUCUUAAAGAAUUGGGAGGGAGAGUUGAAGGAUUUCUGAGUAAAGAUAUUAACUAUCUGAUCUCUAAUAAAAAGGAAGCAAAAUUUGCUCAGACUCUUGGACAAGUGUCUCCGGUCCCAAGCCCAGAAUCUGUGUACAAUGGUGGAAACAGUUCACCUCAUCCAAGCAGCAGAAGAGAUAGACAUGACGGAAGUUCAUAUAAGACAGCAGAUGCAGUGCGUAUGAGUAGAGGAAAAUCCUUAGUUGAAAAAGCAAUCAAGGAACAGGAAUUAAUCCCUUCAGGUAGUAUACUAUCUAAUGCCUUGAGCUGGGGAGUGAAAAUACUUCACGUCGAUGAUAUCAAGAAUUACAUUGAUCAAAAGAAGAAAGAUCUCUCUCUGAUCAAGAAAUCAAGCGCAGAAAUCAAAGAUGUGGAAAAAGAGCCAAGUGAUCAGAGAAGAAAAAGUAAACUGAAAAAUCCCUUUCUGAAGGUAGAGGAUAGAAGAUGUCACUACAGACCAUUUUACUUGCAACUGUCCAGCUUUCCUGUUGUCAACUAUUCUAAUCCAACACCUUGCAGUCCAUUUGAAGUAGAAAGAAAGAAUGCUAAUGGCCAAAGGGAAAUUCAGAAUAAGCAAAGAAACCAAGAACUUAAGGACAAGGAAAAGGGCCCUCUUGAAGUUCCCCCAAAGCAUAAGAAGAGAAAAGGAUAUUGUGAAUGCUGUCUUAAGAAGUAUGAUGAUCUUCAAGCUCAUGUUGAAAGUGAACAACAUCAGACCUUUGCACAAAGUUCUCAUUAUCAGGUUGUGGAUGACAUCAUUUCCAAAGUUCCUUGUGACUUUUUAGAAUUAAGAGAGAAUACACCAAAAAUUAAGAGGCGAAAAUGUAGCAUUGGACAAUUUGCUCCUCUUAUUGGAACAAAAACAGAAGAACUGAAAGAAAGGCUGAAGAGGCAAGAUAUGCCACUGAGGUGGUAUUCUAGAAAAAGCAUUACAGUGCAGACAACGAAAGAAAGUUCUCAGUGCAUAGAUGCCCAUCCUCAUUCUACACACAAAAAUUCUACCUCUGAACCUUCAUGUUCUGUAUAUUCCUAUCACACCAUCUGUUCUUCAGAAGCAUCAAGAAAAGUGAGUGGCAAUACUGAAAGUGGCAAAAUGUCAAAAGCCUGCAAUUUAACAGAGAAUGCUAUAUCAACAAACUUGGUACAACUACCUCCCCAGAAAGAAAGUAAAGUGUGUACGAAAAACUUGUCUGAAAUAUAUGAACAUUAUGAGCCUGCUUCAAGACAGAAUUUACAAGAGUUUUCAGCAAAUUUAAACUUGCUGCACGCUCAAAUCCACGGCUCCAAGUUAAAUGAAAUGAAUCAUACAUCAAAGCCAAAAAGAAAAUUGAACAAUGCAGCUCUUCUGCCAGCAAAAUGUUUGAAGAAAGUGGAUGCUCAUUCAGGAGUUGACAAAGAUGUUGCUUACCAUGUUGCAAACAUGGAGAGUAAUUUUCCUAGAGAACUUUCAGUCCUCCUAGAGACAGAAAAACCACCACAUUGUCCCCCUGCAAACAAAGAGUCCAAUGACUUGACAAACCUUAGUAUACAAACUUCACCUUCAAUAAAACUAAGCAGAAAAGUCAUACAUUCUGUAGGGAGGAAUAAAAAAGGAAUUUUGAGACAAAAUAUGGAGGUAUGUUUACAGCCUCCUGAUAAACCACCUGUUCCAGAGAAUAUAAAAACUGUACAAAGUUCAUCAACACAUGCACUAUUACAGUUAUUUCAGACCAGUGAUGCAAAUUCUGAAUUUGGGGGCUUUUCAAGUAUACAGGAAAACAAAGAUACAAGUUUAAUGAAAGAUACUUGGGAUGACCAGCAUACAGACAUUCUGUGGUCUUUGUUUUCUACUUCUGCCUCCUCGUCACCAUUUAUUGGAUUUUAAUGCUGCUUUAUUUAAAACGAUGAGUUUUGAAUAAACGUGCAAACUGAAAGAUUUUAUUUGUGAACAUUUUUGUUUGUAUAAUAAAUGAUAGAUGAUUCUCGUAUUAA